AUGAGCCACCGUAAGUACGAAGCCCCCCGUCAUGGCUCCCUCGGUUUCCUCCCCAGAAAGCGGGCAGCCCGUCAUCGGGGCAAAGUCAAAUCCUUCCCUCGCGAUGACCCCAAGAAGCGGGUCCACUUGACUGCGGUUUUGGGUUACAAGGCUGGCAUGACCCAUGUUGUUCGCGACCUCGACCGUCCUGGCUCCAAGAUGCACAAGAAGGAGGUGGUGGAGGCUGUCACGAUUAUCGAGACCCCGCCGAUGAUGGUGGUUGGUGUUGUUGGAUAUGUCGAGACUCCCCGUGGCCUGCGCACCCUCACGACUGUCUGGGCGAACCAUCUCUCUGACGAAGUCAAGCGGAGAUUCUACAAGAACUGGUAUCGCUCCAAGAAGAAGGCGUUCACUCGCUACGCGAAGAAGGCUGCUGAGGAGAAUGGCAAGUCCAUCGCCCGCGAGCUGGAGCGCAUCCGCAAAUACUGCACUGUUGUCCGUGUCUUGGCCCACACGCAACUACGCAAGACUGGCCUGUCACAAAAGAAGGCCCACCUCAUGGAAAUCCAAGUCAACGGUGGCUCCGUUGCCGACAAAGUCGAAUACGCCCAUGGUCUGUUCGAAAAGCCAAUCGAGGUUGGCACAGUCUUCGAGCAAGACGAGUGUGUCGAUGUCAUCGCUGUUACGAAGGGUCACGGGUUUGAGGGUGUUACCCACCGUUGGGGAACGAAGAAACUGCCGAGGAAGACACACAAGGGUCUCCGAAAGGUUGCUUGUAUCGGUGCAUGGCAUCCAUCCAAAGUCAUGUUCUCGGUUGCCCGUGCUGGUCAAAACGGAUACCACCACCGUACGGAGAUUAACAAGAAGAUCUACCGCAUUGGCUCUGGCGCAGCUGAUGACAAUGCUUCAACCGAGUCUGAUAUUACCAAGAAGACCAUCACACCCAUGGGUGGCUUCCCCCAUUAUGGUAUCGUCAAGAACGACUUCGUUAUGCUCAAGGGCUCCAUUCCGGGAACUAAGAAGCGUGUCAUCACCAUCCGCAAAUCAUUAAUGGUUCACACCUCUCGUCGGGACCUCGAGAAGGUCCAACUAAAAUUCAUCGAUACCUCGUCCAAGUUCGGCCAUGGUGCCUUCCAAACUUUCGAGGAGAAGGCUGCGUUCUUGGGUGUCCUCAAGGUCAAGGCCUAG